GUGAUUAUGCUAAAAACGGGCGCCAAAUUGCGUGGUUCUAAUAAACAAUUUUAAAAGCAGAAAGAUGCAGGCCAAAGCAACAGACAGUCGACAGGAACCAACGCUGCAUAUGGACACAAAUGCGCGUCGCAAUUUCAUUAAAUUCCAUAUAAAACUCGGCGAGAAACCCGGGACGACAGUCCGCUUUUUCGAUCACUCCGAUUGCUAUACGGUCCAUGGCAGCGAUGACUGCGAAUUGGUCGCCAAAAUCGUGUACAAAUCCACAGCGUACAUUGGCACUCUGCUGCCGGACGAAAAGAAAGACUCACUCUCAUUUGUGUCCAUGUCCAGGAACAACUUUGAGCUAGCUGUGCGUGAGCUGCUCCUGGUGCGGAAUCUCCGCGUGGAAGUGUAUGUCAAGCAGUCCACUGACUGGGAACUGGAGUAUCGCGGAUCCCCCGGCAAUUUGCUGCAAUUCGAAGAUAUUUUGUUUGCCAAUAAGGAGGUUCUAGUGGGCAACAGCAUUAUCUCACUGUUGGUCAAGGUAGAGGGCGGUGGUCAGCGCCGUGUGGGCGUGGCCAGCGUCGAACAGAACGAUUGCAAGUUUCAAUUGCUCGAGUUCCUAGACGACGAUUUCUUCACCGAGCUGGAGGCCACUGUGGUGCUACUCGGACCCAAGGAGUGCUUGCUACCUAGUUUAGAGGGCGACUAUGCAGCCGUAAAGACGCUGCUCGAACGAAAUGGCGUCAUGAUCACCGUUCCCAAGAAAAGCAGCGCUAAUGAUUUGUUGCAAGAUUUAAACCGCCUGCUGCGCUUCGCCAAGGGACAACAGGAGGAUGCCACAGGCUUGAAGGAGCUUCAGCUUAAGCUGGCUUCAAACGCCCUGAAGACGGCUAUAAAGUAUCUGGACCUGGUCAACGACGCUGGCAAUCUGGGGCACUACGAGAUCAAGCAACUAGACCUCAAGCGCUUUGUUCACUUAGACUCGGCUGCUGUGGCUGCCUUAAACAUUAUGCCCAAACCAGGCACUCAUCCAUCCAUGCCCUCCUAUCGCUGGCAAAGCAUUCUAGGGGUCCUAGACCAUUGCCGAACGCCACAGGGACAUCGCCUAAUGGGUCAGUGGGUCAAACAGCCACUACGUAGCCGGGAAAUCCUUAAUGAUCGUCACAACAUCGUCCAGUGCCUACUUGAAUCGCCAGAUACUAUGGAGACGCUCAGUUUAGAUUAUCUUAAGCGUAUUCCAGAUAUUCUCAUGCUGACCAAGAAGCUAAUGCGACGUAAGGCAAAUAUGCAGGAUCUUUUCCGUAUUUAUCAAGUGAUUCUACGAACACCGAAGAUUUUAAAGGUGCUGUUCGAGUUAGAAAAUUCUACGAUUGAGAGUGUAAUCUGCGUGCCGUUUAAAAGUUUCCUGGAAGAUUUGACCGGACUAAAGCAAAUGGUUGAGCAGGUCAUGGACUUUGAGGCCAUCGAAAGGGGAGAGUAUCUGGUGAAGGCUUCGUUCGAUAGUCGACUUAUGGAACUGCAGGAGACCAUGACAGAACUUUAUUCGAAGAUGGAAAGGUUAAAAUCCAAGUGCAGUGAUGAGUUGAAUUUAGAUGGCAAGAACCAGGUGAAGUUGGAAAAUGUAGCCAAGUUGGGGCAUCACUUCCGUAUCACGGUGAAGGACGAUUCAGUGCUGCGAAAAAACAAGAAUUAUCGCGUCGUGGAUGUAAUUAAAGGCGGAGUUCGUUUCACAUCCGACAAAUUGGAAAGCUACGCCGAUGAGUUUAGCAGUUGUCGCACCCGCUACGAGGAGCAACAGCUGUCCAUUGUGGAGGAGAUCAUUCAGGUGGCUGUGGGAUAUGCUGCCCCACUUACUUCACUUAACAAUGAGCUUGCCCAGCUCGACUGCUUGGUCAGCUUUGCCAUCGCCGCUCGCAGUGCUCCUACACCCUAUGUACGACCCAAAAUGCUAGAGGAAGGUGCAGGCGAAUUAGUUCUUCAGGAUGUGCGUCAUCCUUGCUUGGAGUUGCAGGAGCAUGUCAGCUUUAUAGCAAACAGUGUGGACUUUAAAAAAGAUAAUUGCAACAUGUUCAUCAUCACGGGUCCAAAUAUGGGAGGAAAAAGUACUUACAUUCGCUCUGUGGGAACCGCUGUGCUUAUGGCUCAUGUCGGCGCUUUUGUGCCCUGUAGCUUAGCCACAAUCAGCAUGGUUGACUCCAUUCUUGGAAGAGUCGGAGCUAGUGAUAACAUCAUCAAGGGUUUGAGCACAUUUAUGGUCGAGAUGAUUGAAACAUCUGGCAUAAUACGGACUGCCACCGACAAAUCAUUGGUAAUUAUUGAUGAACUUGGUCGUGGAACUUCCACCUACGAGGGUUGUGGCAUCGCCUGGUCCAUUGCUGAACAUCUGGCAAAGGAGACCAGGUGCUUCACAUUGUUCGCCACCCAUUUCCAUGAGAUAACUAAGCUGGCAGAGACUCUGUCCACGGUUAAAAACUGUCAUAUGGCGGCAGUGGCGGAUGCGGAUAACUUCACACUGCUGUAUCAGGUACGUCCAGGGGUCAUGGAGACGAGCUUUGGCAUUCAGGUGGCGCGAUUAGCCAAUUUUCCCGAGCAUGUUGUACAGAAUGCCCAGGAGGUGUAUAACGAGUUCGAGGACGAACAUGUUGACAAGCAGAAAAAGGAGGACAAGGCACUUCUGGAGAAGAUUCAAGUGGCCAUACAACAGCUGUCAACAGCCGGGAACAAUGUUGAUAUCAACGUAGAGGACUUUACCCAGCUGGUAACGCAGUUCACAAAGGAUAUUGAGCAGCUGGAUAGCGAUUACUUCAAAUCUGUGCUGGCCACUAGUGAGGCUUAGAAGGUAGGAAGGAAGUCAAUUUUAUAAGGCAGUAUUAACUAUACAGGCAGGAAGCGGGGUAGUCUUCUAAUAGAUGAUACACAAAUUGUAUUAGCUGUAAGUUCAAUCAGUUUUAUACUUUUUUUCUGGUUAUUAUAUUCUUCACAUCAACUUGAAAGUAACUCUAACAUCACCAUCAAUUUUUCUUUGGUUGCAAACCACAUUAAGUUUUGUUUUGCAAGGAUUUGUAACAAAUCCUAGAUGUAUUAAGAAUGUUAAUAGCUGAUACUAAUUACAAAAUACAUUAUAAUAAGAUUGUUGCCUGAACUCAAAAAUGCCGAAACUAUUCGUAUUCCAUUUAUAUUUUAAUAAAUAAUCACUUAUAAAUAAAUACA